CGAGCAGGCAGCGCUCGCAGCGCUGCAGUCGCUACAGCGGAGUGCGCCGGCGGCGGCGGCGGCGGCAGAGGAACCCACCUCCUCAGCCACGUCACAACCACCGCCGCAUCCUCCAUCGGGCUAUCCUGCCCGGCAGCCCCCUCCUGCCUCGCCUCCUCCCGACGGCCCGCCUGCUGUCGAGGCCCCCUCCUCCUCCUCCCCCUGCAUGGGUGGCUGCCCCCCGCCGGCCCCCCAUCUGGGUCGUGAGGAGCUGCUGCGACACACGCUGCACCACCACCGCCUGCAUGUGCGGCAACUGCAGCAGCAGAGGGAGGAGCGGGAGAGGGAGCAGCAGGAAGAGAGGGAGGAGCGGGAGCAAGGACGGCAAAGGGAGCAGGAAGAGCAGCAGCAGCAUGGGGAGGAGGGGCAGGGGAGGGACCAGCUUUGCGGAGACGGCGCAGGCGGAGGAGAGGGCGGAUCCGCACCUGAGCCGCCACACGGUACGACAGCUGAGGGUGCGACGGCAGGUGCCGCAGUAGAGGGGCCCCAGCAGCAGCAGGGGCAGCAGCAGCAGCAGCCGUCCGCCUCUGUUGCGACUGCUACCACCACCACCAAGCCGUCCUCCUCCUCCUCAUCAUCAUCAUCAUCUUCCUCCUGCAGCUGUGCCGGCUUAGCCGCGCAUGGCAACGCCUCCACCACCACCACCGCUGCCGGCCAGGCCCCUCCCGUGCCUGCUCCUCCUUCCUUCACCUCUGGGGCUGGGGUAUCCGCUGGGGUUGUCGGCUGCGCCGCCCCCUCCGUUGCCGCCACCGCCGCCAGCAGCGGCGCCUGGUCGCUGCACGAGGUGGAUGCGCUGGUGGGCUGCGUGUGCGAGGAGCUGCAGGCUCUGUGGCAGUGGCAGCAGCGCCACACGCCCGACGAGCCGGCGCAGGUGCUCAAGGCGGUGGCGGGGCCGGCUGCAAGUGCGCUCAUGGAUGUUGUCAAGGACGAGCUGUGCAGCGGCGGGCGGCUCUCCUCGCGCGCGCUGGCCACUGCAGAGGCCACCGCCGCCCGCCUGGCCGCACUGUACGCCUCCGCGCCCUUCUUGGACGUGACUGGGCGGGCGCAGGGGGAGGCGCGGAGUGUGGUGGCGCUGUGCCCGCUCAUCCGCUGCGCGCUGGACUUAGAGUGAGCGGGAUAAAGAGGAAGGGGGAAAGGAGGAAGGAGGAAAGAGGGAGGGAAUGAACAGUGGAGUAAUGGAGUUCCAGGGGUUGGAGGGGAAGCGUGUGAGACGGAG